GCAAACAAACUCAAAAUCAAUUCCAUAACUCAGAUAGAGAAAACGCAUUUACACAACAACUGAAAUCCGGUCCACAUACCUCACCCAGAGAAGUAUUUAUUUAACGACAAAAUGACCCUCAAACUUGGUAUUUGCACCAAAAGUGAUCUCGAUGAGGCCCUCAAGCUGCAGAAGCGCGAGCAGUAUGAGGAUGAUCGUAAGAAGCGCAUCUUUAAUGCUAAACAGCGGCUUUAUGGGCUCGAUCUGGACAUUUUGGAGCGACAGAUUGCGGAGAAGAAUAAGGAGCGCAGUGUGCAGAUGGAAUGCGAUAAACGAUAUGAGGAGCAGGAACAGAUGCAGAAACGCCUCCUGAUGGCCAAAGAGAAGGAGCUGGAAAAACAGCAACGCUCCAUUGAGUCUGAUAUUAAUUACUAUCGCUGCAAGUUUCAGCGCAAGGACCAGCGUCGCGAAUAUGAUCUGAACGAUCCGAAUUAUCUGAAAAAUGGCAAACCGAUGCGUGUGGCGGACGAUGAUAUUACAUUGGGCGUAUCGAGUGCUCAGAUCUUUUCCGGCGAGGAUCUGUACAAUAGUGAGCGCAAGUUGCGACAGCGGGAACAGCAGAAGGCUUGGCUAGAUCAGCAGGUUCAGGAGCGCAGGCAGGCGGAGGAGGCACGACGUCGCGCCGAUGGUAUGUUUAUGCAGAACAUCAUGUGCCGGGACAAGCAUCUCGAGGAUAUGGCUAAGUCGGAUAAUCUAAUGCGCAACCAAAUCAUACAAAAGAACCGGGAAUUCAAUGCAAGUCUGGCCAAGCAGAAGCAAAUGGAUCGCGCUCGGGCCAAGCAGGAAAAGUACGAGGACGACAUGGCCGAGAUAUAUAAUAUGCUUUCGAGCGAUAUGCUCAGCGAGAAUCUAGAUGUGGCACAAUCACGCACCAAUCCGAACAAGAAAAUCGCAUUCAUGUAUCGCGGCAUGAACGAUGAGGAGCUGAAAGCCUUCCGCCAGGGUCAGGAGCAGCAGCUAAUAAUAACUAAAAAGCGAAGAACGGAGGCCCAACUGAUGGACAAACAGUGGGAGCAGUAUGCCAUAAAUAUGGACCGCGAGCUAGUCCUCAAACAAAUCGAAAUGGAACGCCAGCGCAAGGAGCAGUUGGACGAUCUAAUGCGUGUGAAUGCCCAACUAGCUCGCGAACAGGAUCAGCAGCGCAAGGAAACUGUAGUUCGACUAACCAAUCACGUAUCUGAUGACUUUUACGAUCAGUUCAACAAGAACUCGCGUUAAUUAUUAAGAGAAUAUUAUUUAAUUUUACAAUUUUUCCUAACCACACACAUUUCCUUCCACCCUUGCAUGCAAUACUAAGAGAUCU